CGGGAACCCGGCAGCGGGGGCCGGGGCCGGCUUUGCCGGAAUGACCCGGGAAACCCGCGGGGAUCCAGCGCUGGCGGCGGCCCGGAGGCAGGUGCCUUCUGAUGGUUCCGAGUGGAGGCCUUGGAUUGUAGCUGGUGCCCAUCCGUCCCCCCCCUUCUCCCUUCCCUUCCCUUCCCUCCUCAUCUCCGAGUCCCCCCCCACACACACAUGUUCCGUAUCUGGACUCACUAAUGACAGCCUGGAUCAUCCUCCCCAUUAGCCUGUCCACCUUCUCCAUCACUGGGAUAUGGAUCGUGUACGCCAUGGCAGUGAUGAACCACCACGUGUGUCCCGUCGAGAACUGGUCCUACAACGAGUCAUGCUCCUCCAGCCCUGCCAAGCAUGGCUACCCCAAAAGCUGCUGCACCUUGGAAGAUGUGCCUCUGAUCAGUAAGUGUGGCACAUAUCCCCCAGAGAGCUGCCUCUUCAGCCUUAUUGGGAACAUCGGGGCUUUCAUGGUGGUGCUGAUCUGCUUCCUGCGCUACGGGCAGCUGAUUGAGCAGAGCCACCGCUCCUGGGUCAACACGACGGCGCUUGUCGCGGGCUGCACCAACGCUGCCGGCCUCGUCGUGGUUGGCAACUUCCAGGUGGACAACGCCAAGUCCCUGCACUACAUCGGGGCAGGCAUCGCCUUCCCGGCUGGGCUGCUCUUCGUCUGCCUCCAGUGCAUCCUCACCUACCACACUGCCAUCAGCGCCCUGGACGGCUGGAUGGCGCACCUCCGCGUCUCGCUCACCGGCGUGGCCUUAAUCGCCCUCGUCCUCAGCGGUGUCUUCUUCAUCCAUGAGAGCCCCCUGCUGCAACACCUGGCGGCCAUCUGCGAGUGGGUCUUCGUCAUCGACAUGCUGGUCUUCUAUGGCACCUUCGCCUACGACUUCGGGGCCGUCUCCACCGACACCCUGGUGACGGCGCUGCAGCGGGCCAGCAGCCGGGGCUGCAAGUCGCCCGGUGGCAGCAGCACCUCCACCCACCUCAACUGCACCCCUGAGAGCAUCGCCAUGAUCUGAGCAGGGGCUCCCCUCCCCCCCUCUUUGAUUUUGUACCAAAAAACAUUUUUUAAAGGAAAACACAGUAUUGGGGCUGCCCCCCACAGCAGGGCUGAGCCCAGCAGACCUCCCUGCUGGCCAGCCUAGCUGCUGCAUCGAUGGCCAAAGGGCACCCUCGGGUGGGGCCGACAGCCUUCUCCUACCCGGGCUGGCUCCCGCAGGCCCUCACUCCCUCUGCAGAUCAGACCCCUGCCGGCAGCAGCUGCUCAGGGAAAGGAGACCGGAGCUGGCUGCAGGGCGCGACUGCUCAUGCAGUCGGGGCAGCCUCUCCUGGGCGGGAGCCCUCUGCACAGGUUCCCUUGCUCAAGCCCCUGCCCCAUUCAGGAAGGAUUUGGGGUAACCCCAUAGCAAAGUGGGGGGGAUGCACAGGGCUGUUCGAACGUGUCUGACCUUCAGAGGGAGGGUCUUUUUUCCCCCACCCGUUAACCCCUCUCCUUCCUCUCCCAGUCCUGGGGGAGGUCUUGGCAGUGGGAUGGGGGAUGACGUGGCAGGGGGUAGAGGCCUCGAUCCCCAUCCUUCUGAGCCGGUUUCUUUGGGUAAACCGGAUUGGUAUUUUUAGUACUUUUUAUAUCUCUAAGGUGUAUAAAGAGACUUGUAUUGGA